GGGUCCAGCAGUAUGACGAGCACAGGCGCGACUUCCACUUCUGGGUAAAUAAUAGUAGAAAUGGAUUGGGUUUUGACGUGUCGUCGGAUAACGACUCGGAGAUUUAUCUCGGCUCAGAUUCGCGGAGGCCAUCUGACGGGAGGAAGCACAACUACGGUGUCCGUCGUGAAUCCGCUACUACUAAGUAAAGUGUUAGCACGACUCCUGAUGACGGUGUCCGUCGUGAAUCCGCUACUACUAAGUAAGUGUUAGCACGACUCCUGAUGACAACAUGUCCUGUAGAAACGGUGACCAUGUUCAUGUUGACGAUGCUGAUGAGAAAAAGUCCUGGUCCUCGACAUCGUCAGGGGAUGCGUCUGCUUGGAUGGUUACUGGAGAUGUCGUGACUCCGUAUUCUCCUCAGCGUCUAAAUCCUAUUGGUAUCCCAGACUGCGAGGCUGCACUGCACAACAACAUCGUAUUGACCACGUCAGGCACAGCGACCAACGCAAUGGGGAGGUCGGAUAUCCAUAUCAUUGUGGAGCAUGCAGGACUAAAGAAGGUGUAUGACGUGACAGAUUAUACUUGCUGGAGCAUCCCGGUGACGUGACUUAUUCUCAGGAGUGUGCGGGCGUUGAGGUUUACUGCACACCAGAGAAAAUCUUGCUUGCGCGUUGUGCCGGACCCUUUCAGCAACAUCGUGCUGCUCAGGUAUUUGCUGAUUACGACUAUUUAUGUCAGGCGCGUCGACUACUAGUAAGCGCAAACAUUUAGGAGUCAGCAAUGCAAGGCGUGAAGCUUUUUUUUCACUGACAUGCACCCGGAACAGAUGACUGAUAUUUGUUCGUCUAUAAUCAAUAUUCAGGUAGGUGAAGCUCAGAGUAGAAGUAGCACAUCGUCGAAGUCCGCUGUUAACCAUAGACAUCUUUUGCAUUAUGGCCAUCAACACGCCUCCUAUUUUUCAGCGCAAUCACAAGUCAACUCUUCGAAUAUAAAAAUUAAUUGAAAAUUUAUCUCCACAUCACAGGCUUCUGUCGCGGCUUGUUUCUAUCAGCCUGCUGAAGUGCUCACGUGCAGGAAGCAUGACAUGCUAGCACCUUCCUUCGCGAUUGGCUUAGGCUCCUCUUGCAAUUGGUGAAUUGGCUAGACAAGUAUGAGAAGGCUUUGCUGGCGGGGGGGGAAUGCAUAGGGCUGGACGAGGAACGUCUGGG